GGUCGCGUGAGUCGUGACGAUCGAUCGUGUUCGAUUCGUUCAUAUUUCGAAUUUCGCGUUCGCAAUUCCGAAUAACGCGUUCGUAAUUUUUAUGCGAUUAUUUUUAAAAGGUAAUAGCAAAUGAUAUCUAAACUACAUAGAACUUUGAUGGUGGUCUGAUAAUAUAUCUGCGAGUUACGUGUGCUAGUGAUUGCAUACUGUAUACUGUAUAGUGACUGGAACUGCAAAGUGAAGUACUCCGAUGAGCAAAAUGGAUCACUUCUUCCGACGAAGGAUCAGCGUGCCUAAGAGGACGAGCGAGUUGGUAGCGUUAGUGGCGGUCUCCUGUACUCUGUUCCUGUUCCUUCACACGCGGGACCUAAGCACCAAGCUGCAGAAGAUACAGGGGAAGCUCAACGAUGACGUCACAGCUUUCAACCACCUCACUGACAGAGUGGCGACGGACCGCACGGAGCACGCGUACGCGUCGGCGCAGGAGUACAAGGAGGCGCUGGAGGCCAUCAGGAGACUCUCAGGAGCUGAGCUGAACAAACCCCGUCGCACACUAGAGGCGAGGCUGAGCCAGUCCCAGGAGGUAGACCAGGUGGAGGAGUACCUUCCUGAGCCCUGGGAGUUGAACAACACCGCCAAAGCUGAUGUGGAGCUGCUCUUCUUCAACCGAGUCCCAAAGGUCGGCAGCCAGACCUUCAUGGAGCUGCUGAGAAGGCUGGCGAUUAAAAAUCAGUUUGGUUUCAACCGUGAUGCCGUGCAGCGUGUAGAGACGAUUCGACUGGCUCCAGCUGACCAGCAGGUGUUGGUGAGCGUGGUCUCCGCGCAUACUCCACCUGGAUCCUAUAUCAAACACGUCUGCUAUACUAACUUUACCAGGUUCGGAUACCCGUCCCCGAUCUACGUGAACGUGGUCCGGGACCCCGUGGAGCGCGUCAUCUCGUGGUACUACUACGUGCGCGCGCCGUGGUACUACGUGGAGAGGAAGCGGGCCUUCCCCGACCUGCCGCUGCCGGAUCCCGCUUGGUUGAAGAAGGACUUCGAGACGUGCGUGCUGAGCGGCGACCGCGAGUGCCGGUACAUCGAGGGGGAGACGCACGAGGGCAUCGGCGACCAUCGCCGACAGACGCUGUUCUUCUGCGGACACGAGCCGCAGUGCACGCCCUUCAACAGCUUAGAAGCGCUGCAGCGCGCCAAGCGCGUGGUGGAGCAGCAGUACGCGGUGGUGGGUGUGCUGGAGGACAUCAACUCCACGCUUACCGCCUUCGAGCGCUACGUGCCCCGCUUCUUCCAGGGAGCGCUCAAGUUGUAUUGGGAGGAACUAAACACGUUCAACAGAAUAAACCGGAACGCCUUCAAACCGCCCGUGUCCGAGGCGGUGAAACAGAUCGUCCGAGCCAACUUCACCAGGGAGAUCGAGUUCUACGAGUUCUGCAAACAACGACUCCACCUGCAGCUCAAGGCUUUGAGGGAUUCCUCCGUCACCAUCCCAGCUACAUCCAGCUUGGGCAAUAGAAUAUCAAACUACGAUAGGCUGUAAGUUUGUAAAGCAAACUGCGCGUCCACCGCAUCGUAAUCGGAGCGUAAGCAGGGGACGGAUUUGUUGCUUGAUUUUUAUGGCACUGCAUGCACUGGAACAUGACACUCCGAUCCCGACACGGUGAACGCGCAGCUUUAGGGUUGACUGUUGAGUUUCAUGACAGCUGGUUUAUAAAGCGCUUAGGCGCUAACUUUACUCCAUUCUCUUUUUU